AUGUCCCGCCUACUCCCACGCCUUGCAGCACGCACACGUAUAACAGCUAGCACCCGGCCCUUCCUCCCGGCCUCUCAAUGUCUCCUACACACCUCUUCUCCCGCCUACGCAACGCCCCUCCCAAUAACCGCCCACGGGCCGCCACCCAAGCCGCCACUCCCCGCCGGCGAGAUCGCCGACCUCCGCCGCCGCCAAAAGCUCGAGCGCGCCGAAAACACUCUUCUGUCGGCGAAAGGCGGCCGUUUCUGGAAGGAGGUGUCUGUCAUUGAGUCAUCAAAUGGCGCACUGGGCAUCAACCUCGACACCCGCCCCCUCAAGACGCCCACCAAGCAGCCCAUCCUCAUCCCGCGCACCAAGCCCAUCCUUGCCGCCGCAAUCGCCCUCGAAUGGUCGCUGCUCCGCACCUCCGCCGACGCCCUCAAGUCCUACCUCAUACCCUUGACCGGCCUCGCCUCGCGCGCCAUCGACCUACAAGCCAGUGAAGCCGAGGGCGCCGCUCCCGCUGCUGGUAGCGUCGCGAAGCGCGACGACAUCGUCGAGAACCUCCUGCGGUACCUCGACACCGACACGCUGCUGUGCUUCGCGCCGACGACGCCCCCAGAGGAGGGGCGCAAGUCACUGCGCGAGAUGCAGGAGGAGUCCGCGAGGCCGAUUACGGCGUUUAUGACUACGAAUGUAUGGCCGGGGGUGAAGCUUGUGCCAGUCGACGGGGAUGAGGGGUUGAUUGCGGUGGAGGGGCAGCCGCAGGAGACGAGGGAUGUGAUUAGGAGCUGGAUUGAGAGGUUGGGGGUGUGGGACCUGGUGGGGCUGGAGAGGGCCGUGCUGGCGACGAAAAGUUUGUUGAUUGCGGCGAGGCUGGUGGCGGAGUGGAGUGAAGAGAUGCAGUUCUCGAUGGGGAGGGAGAAGGUGUUUGGCGCGGAGGAGGCGGCGGAGGCGGCGAGCGUGGAGGUGAGGUUCCAAACCGGACGGUGGGGCGAGGUGGAGGAUACCCAUGAUGUGGAGAAGGAGGACUUGAAGAGGCAGUUGGGGGCAGCGAGAAUGUUAGUGUCGGGGGUGAAGAACCUCACGAGUCCGAGCUUGUAA